CUUUUUAUUCUUGACUUGAUAUGAGUGGAAAAGACUAUUCAGCAGUUCCUCCACCUCCUUCUUUGGCACCUUCUGAAAGCAAAGGCUCAGCUGCACCUGCUGCACCAGUCAACUUUAACGACGCCUUAUCCAAAGCAAGAGCUAUUGCAGAGAAAUUGAAGCAACAGUCCGCUGGCAAUAUGUUAACGACACCCUCUACUGUCAACACUGCUACUAAUACUGCUGCUCUUCCCCUCCCCCUCCUUCUUCCUCUGGUAAUUCUUAUACUUGAAGAUACAAAAGGUUACGAUGAUGAUCGUGAUUCUUACCGCUCAAGUUCCCGCUCGUAUGGCUCUUAUCAAAACGAACGCGACAAUAAGAGAUCUGCAUACGAUGGUGGAUCAUCAAGACCUUCUUAUGGAGGAAGUUCAAGCAGUAAAAGAUAUGGUCUUGGUUCAGAAGAAAGAAAGUCUUCUUACCAUAGCAGUGGAUAUCAUCAUCAAGAAGAAUAUAGUGUACCUAAUCAUAUGGUGGGCCUCUUGAUUGGCAAAGGUGGUGAAAAUCUCAAGAAGAUUGAACGCAUGUCUGGUGUUACUAAAGUUCAGUUCGCUAGUGACCCUGUGGGUGACCAAAGACCUGUUCACUUAACAGGUGAGCCUGAUCAAAUAGCUGUGGCACGUGAUAUGAUUCGUCAAAUGGUAGCUGAUGCUCAGGCAAAUGAAAACAUGCGAUAUGGUGGUCGCAACGAUUAUGGAUCGUCCCAUAAUCCUUCUUCUUCAGCAUCAGGUACAUCAGCAGGAUCAUCAGGAGGAAAUACAGUAACUAUCCGUAUACCAGUCUCAAAAGUUGGUUUGGUGAUUGGACGUGGUGGAGAAACCAUUCGUGAUUUUGAAGAGCGUAGUAAAGCUAAGAUUUUGAUUGCCUCGGACAGUACUGGAGAUAGAGACAAUGAACGUGUCAUUACUCUUGUAGGCGAUGAUUCUGCUACUCAACAUGCUAAAUCACUUGUUGAAGACAUUGUAUUUGGCAGCAAUAAUGCUGGUCCAAGUAGAAGUUGGAAUGAUAGUUCAUAUGGUGUUGGGCGUAAUGAUGAGCGUGCAUUUAUUACUGUUCCUUCUUCUGCAGUGGGUCUCAUCAUUGGAAGAGGCGGUGAAACUGUCAGAGCGAUACAAGAACAGUCUGGUGCUCGCGUCAAGGUGGACCCUACUUCAGACCCCAAUGCAAAAGAACGUACAGUCAAUAUUUCUGGUGACUCAAAAGCUGUUAGUAUAGCAAAACAAAUGGUAGAAGAAAAGGUGUCAGAGGCAACUCGAGGCAGAGGAGGUUAUCAACAAGACUAUGGUAACAACUACCCUCAACAAUACAAUCAAUACUAUGGACAAUAUGGAUAUGAUCAAUAUGGUGAUAAUUCAGGCUAUCAACAAUAUCCAGACUACUACAACUAUCAACAAGGCGGAGAACAAGAGGAUGGACAGAAACCACCUGUCAAUUCUGAGAACAAGGAUACGAAAGACGGUAAAGAAAUUGACGAUAAUGGUCAAAAUAACCCUGAUGAUCAAAUGUCAGCGUAUUACGCACAAUACUAUGGAGGUCAACAGCCUACUCAGGAGCAACAAGAAGCUUAUUAUCAAUGGUAUCAACAAUAUUAUGGCCAGCAAUACUAUAAUCAGCAACAAUCAGAAGAUCAACAAGACAAUGCCAAAAAUCCCUCAAUACCUACUGAAUCUAAUGAAGACGUAGAUGGCGAAGCUAUUACUGGCGAAGAUGCUGGCAAAUAACUUCACUUUUUUUUUCUAUUUUUUGUUUUGUUUGUAAUAAUACCUUUUCUUACCUUUUGAUACAUUAUGGCUUUUUAGCUGUACUUUGUAUUUAAAACUUCGGCGUUUUUUUAUUUCAUUUUAAUGGUAAAAACAAAUGUCGAGACAAAUGAUCAUUCAAAAGUGCCUAAAAUAUAGAGAAAAGGUGUCUCGAGUCAUUAAUAGAAGCUACAGACUCUAUUAAGGCACAUCGAAUGUUGUAGAAAGGGAGUGUCUAGAUCAUCACUAUGGUGAGAAAAUUUCUAGAAAGGGGCUUUUUGUUUAAAGCCCUAGCCUACAGCUUUUAUAAUGCUCCUGCAAAUCUACCGCUUCUAUAGUGCUAUACAAUCAUUUUUUU